GCUCCUGGAAAGUCCACCCGCGCGCCCUGCGGGCUCAGACCGCGCAGCGCCGGAGCCUUUCGCUUCCUGGCGGGCCAUGGAGCGGCUGACGUUGCCUCCCGGCGGCGCGGCGGCCGUGGACGACUACCUGGAGUACCGGAGAAUUGUGGGUGAGGACGAUGGCGGGAAACUUUUUACUCCUGAAGAAUACGAAGAAUACAAAAGAAAAGUUUUACCUCUGCGCCUGCAGAACAGAUUGUUUGUGAGCUGGCGGUCGCCGACUGGAAUAGACUGUAAACUUGUGGGCCCGGAGACGCUGUGUUUUUGUACCCACAGGUAUAAACAACAUAAAACUGACUUUGACACAAUUCCACAGCAGCGCCCCAUCAGUCUGCCUUGCCGAGUGGCCGGCUGCCGCUGCAGGGCCUACAGCUACGUGCCGCUGAACGGCGCGCAGCCCAUUCGCUGCAGGUGCAAGCACUUUGCGGACCAGCACAGCGCCGCGCCUGGCUUCACCUGCACUGCCUGUUCAAAGUGUUCGGGAUUCCAUAGCUGCUUCACUUGUGCUUGUGGUCAGCCUGCAUAUGCCCAUGACACAGUAGUGGAAACUAAGGAAGAAAGACUGGCUCAGGGGAAACCAGUGGGGCAAGAUGUUCCUUAUGCAGCAAUGGGAGGACUGACUGGCUUCAGCUCCCUGGCAGAAGGCUACAUGCGGUUGGAUGACAGUGGGAUCGGUGCACCUUCAGCCGAAUUUUUAGACUCUCCAGGUACAGCCUUGGACCACCCUUUUCUCAAAGCAUUUCAAGCAUUGUCUAGUUCUUCUCCAGAAACACGAACAGAUGUAGGUACAAGUAGUCAAGUGUCUUCUUUAAGGCGACCUGAAGAGGACGAUAUGGCUUUCUUUGAAAGACGAUACCAGGAAAGGAUAAAAAUGGAAAAGGCUGCUAAGCAUGCAGGAAAAGCACCAUUGUCAUCAAACACAAAACCUACGUGAAGACUAUUGAGGAAAUUACAGCCAUCAUCCAAAUAUAUCUUUCUAGUGUUUCUUUAAACACAAUAGUAUAGUUUAUUUUCUCUCAAAUUAUUUCCUUCUUUAGUGUACAAAAAUGUUUUUUUGGAUGUUUCCUUAAUUUAAACGGGAUAUACCUUAUAUUUUAUAAAAAUUCAUGAUUUACUACUUUGUAUAUAUUUUUUUUAUCUCUCCUAACAAAUGAGGUUAUUUCUAUAUUAGUCAAAAGUAUGGUAAAUAUCUUUGGUCUAUCAUAAUUUAACUUUUCCCAAGCUAUUUAAAAAAUUUAAAAAAAUGUUAUUGGUGUUUGUGAAUAAAUAUAUAAGGGCUGCCAUUUCAUUCAAAAAAGUAAGU